AUGGCCGUCCAGGGUGUCAACAUCCUACUCCGCACUGCACUAUCUCGAGCUCCUAUCUCUCUAUCGCUCGAACAGAUCCGAGAUUCGGAUACAGGAGUCGAAAAAAUAAUUACGAAGCAAAGCACAAUUGGCCGCACCAUGACAGAAGAGCGAGCUCUUGACUGGGUGGAAGCAGCCACGUCUCACGUUGUAUUUGGUGAUGUGAAAACUAAGAAUCGUAUUUGCGCCGUUCACGAAAUUGAGAACGAGUUACUGCUCAACAACUGGGAGGAUGGAACAGAAGAGCUCAUUGAAGUCCAAAGUCUGGGUGCUGGUUGGACAAGCUGGCAGGCAUGGGGCUUUGAGGUUAUUGACGGCAAACGCUACCAUGUGCGCCGAGUAGUGGUGCAGAAAGGCACGGAAUUUGGACAUGUUACUCCUGAGGCUGUAACUGUAAAAAUGGUCUACGAUUGGGUAGAAUAG